UUGGAGACUCAAUCAACUACUACCUCUCAGUUCCUCCGCAGUUCGACAUUCAAAUCCCGUCUCAAUAUGAACACCGUCAAGUCAUUCUGGAUUGGCCUGGGCUCGCUGUGUGUUGCCGGCGGCGGCGCAUACUACUUUGCGAAGCAGUCGAUUAAUGCCGACCGAGCAGCUCGAUUUGAGGAAGCCCAGAGACGCAGACAGAUGCACUACUCCCUAGAACACUCUGGCCCAUCUCCAUCGUCAAGUCCGAGUCACGAAGCAACAUCAGACCCAGCGCCGACACGGCAUGCCCCCGAGAGUGAAGAUCAGAGGGUGUUCGAGAAGAGCAAAUACGAGCCGACCGAACCGUACCGGGCGAAGAAGGGGGAUAGAUUCAGUUGAAGUUCUGGCCAUGGUAGUGGCAUUGUUUCUAGGAGCAGAGGUGAUUUG